AUGUCACUUCGAAAAGCUUCAUCCGGAGAAGGGGAUCUCAAAUUGAACACAGAUUUCGUCGAGAAGGUGUUCAAGUUUGACGAUCUGGAGUUGACCAAAGGUGCCAAGGCCAAGGACAGCGUCUUGAUUCAUCCUCUUUCUCGAUUCUUCCAGACAUGGGAGUUUUUGUCUGGAAUAUUGUUGUUGUACACGACGUGGGUCACACCACUUCUGAUAGCGUUCUUCUCCGAGCAAGAAGGAUUUUGUGCGCAUGCGCCCACCCUCAAGUUUGACAUGGCUGUGGAUCUUUUCUUCAUCACAGAGAUUUUCGUGCAGUUCUCGACAGGCAAGCUGUUGGGGAUCGAGUACAUCUUAGAGCGAGGGAGAGUAGCAUUGAUUUACCUCCACCAUGGCUUCGUCACUGAUGUCUUGGCUGGUCUGCCGAUAUCUUUUCUCGAAUAUUUCCUCAUCGAAGACACACCUUGCUCGUCGCAAUCAGCCGGAUAUUCUAACAGUGCGUACGUGCGAUACCUGAGGCUUGUGCGAAUGCUCAGGAUGCUCCGACUGCUCAAGGUCCUCAAGAUCUUCAAUGUUCUCCGGGACUUCUUCUUGUGGCGCCCGACGGUGGUUCGCCUCACCAAGGCAGCCUUUUCAAUCUGCAUGAUUGCACACAUCGGGGGAUGCCUGUGGUGGUUCCUGAAACUGCAGGAGCUCUCACACGAGGAGCUGGCGGCGUUCAAAGCAGAAUACAAUCUCGAUCAUCGCGUCUCCUCGCCCUACAUAGUCUCAGUGUACUUCCUCAUGGCAACUCUAUGUACUGUUGGCUACGGGGACAUCUCAGCAGUGACAGAUUAUGAGCGACUGUUUGCCAUCGCUUUGAUGUUCAUCGGGGCUUCUGUCUUCGCCAUCAUCAUCAGCAACAUGUCGGCACUCGUAAAUUCCGUUUCUUCGAGUGAGAACGAAACUUUGGAUCAGAUGGAAAAGGUUCUUGAGUUCAUGAGGCAGAACAAACUGCCGCAAGCGUUGGAGCGUCGAGUGCAAAACUUUUACUUCUUCAAGGCAUCAAGAGUUCGGUCGUCUGCACAAUCGUCGCUGGUGCUGGCCGACUUGCCUGUGGAGCUGAGAAAUCAGAUUGAUCUAGCUCUCAAUCGACACCUGUUGGGCUCCAUUUGGCUGUUUGACAAGUUGGAAGAUGUUGUUCUUCAAGAGAUUGUUCGAAUCCUUGAUGUGGAGCUGAGGCUACCGGGGGAGACUAUCUACGAUCUGGGAGAUCAGGCGGACUGUCUCUACAUCAUCAUUUCAGGUUCUGUCACCCUGUCUCUCCGGGAAGACCCUGCCCUCAAGCUCCGCUCUGAGAUCCUCGACCAAAUUCAAAAGGGCGACGUCUAUGGCGAAGUUGCUAUCCUCAUGGAUACCACUAGGGAGUCGAUGGCAGUGUCAGAUGGAUUUCUCGAGCAGUACGUCCUCUCCUCCUCCAACCUCGAGAUCGUCCUCAACGAGCUUCCCGACGUCAACGAGCGUCUCAAGCAGCGGGCGCAGGUGCGAGCAGAGCAGCUGUUCGGGGGGAUCCUGGAGCAGGAGGGGGCGCACUGGAAAAGGAAGGUCGCCCCCAACAACGCGUUCAAGUGGAGGAGGUUGUGCAGAAAGCUGAUGAUAAGCAAGGGAACUUCAUCGAAUGUCUUUUUCUCAAGGAUAUUCAACUUCACAAUGGCGCAUUCAGACUCCAACACCAAGGUGAAGGGAAAGCUGACGAAGCGAUCCAAAGACAACGACAUGUACUUCUCCUUUGACUCCGAUGGUCGCAAGUCCCUCAACCUCCACAAGCCUCUUGCUCACUCCUCCCGCCAUGGCUCCUUCGACUCCUCCUCCUCAGCCUCGGCUCUCCUUGCCAACGGCACCUUGCUCAAGCGGGAAGAGGAGGUGCUGGAAAGAUCCAUGGUGCUGGUGAUGGAGGUGGAAAAGAUGAUGCUGGAGGCGGUCGAGCUGUGUGGGAAGGAGAAGGAGGAGGGAGGGAGAAGUUUGAAGGACCAGGAGGAGCUCUUGAAGACUUCCUUGCAGCAACAGCAGCUGCUGGCCUCUCAGCUUCUUCUCCUGCAGAGCUUGAUUCGCCCACCUGCCCUCCAUCAUGCCGGUGUCGCACUCGUCUCCUCCUCCAAGCGCAGACUCUCGCAGCCCAUGCUGGCGGCAUCGAUUGGCUUCACCAAGCAUUGUGAAAUUGAGGAGGAGACAGAAAGAAUGCGGGGAAUUGAAGACGAGAAGGAUGAGAAGGAGAAUGGCGAGGAGAAUGGAGCAGCAGGACUAUCAGGUAGUGUCAAUGUCUAA